CUCGUAUUUUUAUGAUUCCAUUAAAACACAAAACGUAGCAAGAGCAGUUACAAACGUUCAGUGUUGUUUUUUCAAUUCAGAUUCAGAAGGAGACGAUGGAAGAACCCGUGAAGGAACAGCCCCUCUCUGCUGGGAACUCUGCGCGACCCAAGCUUCAGAGAUACGCGCUUCGUUCGUCCUCUAAAUCCAAGGAAAACAAGCAAGACACCGCACCCGAUCUCUCCAUUUCUUCUGAAUCUAAGAGGGGGUUAAGUACUCCACACGUAAGCAGAAGUGUAGGUGGUCUUGAUUUCUCUGGCAACAAGGAUAAGUCUACUAGUGCUAAACCACCAAGAAGGCUCUCCAAUCCUGUGAAAGCAGCAUCUCCCACUCCAAACCCUAAGUUGGUUGGCAACAUUACCCCAAUCUCAGAGAGCAGAACAAUGAGGUCUGGUAAAGGUCAAGUGUCUCAAAGCAGAAGCCAGACACCGGCCUCUGACAUUUCCAGAACAUCGAGCAGAAUGAAGUUCAAUCUCUUAUCUUCCUCUUCAUAUUGGCUAAACCAGAUCAAGCUCUCUGAGUCUGCUGAUAAGCACACAGUUUCACUUGGAUUCUUCAAACUUGCCUCGGAGGCAAGAUGUGAGCCGUUCCAGAAGAUGAAAGAUGAGCUAAAGUCUUAUGUGCAACGACAUCAGCUUGCUGAACUUGGAGAAGUGAAAGAGCUGCUUCAAACCUAUGACAUUGCUGAAAAUAUAGAGCAGCCACAAGUGUCUGAGAGCAUUUCACAGGUGCCAGAAGAGGGAACUCGAUCCUCUGAUGAUGAAGAAGUUCACUGCAGUUCUGCAUCCACCAUGGAGACUGUAAAACUGAAACCCGAACCCUUGGACACUGAAUCCACUGAACCUGCUCCUGUUAUAAUAGAGUCAACCAAGAAGGAAACUAGCCAAAAGAAAAAUCCCUUGGACACUGAAUCAACUCAACCUACUCCUGUUAAAAUAGAGUCAAUCAAGAAGGAAAGUAGCCAAAAGAAUAACCCUGGAUCCAGGUUGAGAGAAAAUCUCAAGAAGAACUCUGCAAAUUCAAGACCUGCUUCUGACAAUGGGAGUUCUAGGUUGUUUAAAAAACCAGAAAAACCAACUAAGCAACUAACCAAUAAGGGAAAAAGCGAGGUCAAGAAAGAAGGAAAGAAAUCUGAUGUUAUUAAAGCUCCAAUCAGCCCUACGCAUGCUGAAAAUAAUAAUGCACAGGGAAACAAAGAAAAUAUGGAUGUUCAGACCACUGAUGAGAUGAGUUUGACAGAAAUCGCGUAAACAAGCUGAAUUUUUACAUUCUCAAACUUUUUCUAUGUUUUAUGUGUGUGCAGUUGUGCCUCUCUACAGGAAAACAGAUGAAAAUUGUUUUCUCACCGUUUGCUUUCCAAGGCCGCAUUACAUUUCAUUUAAUCAGCUGGAAAUAGGCAUGUUUUGUGCUUGUAAUGUGUAAUUGUUAAUCAAACCAAACUAAAUUGAAUAUUCUGGUUUGUCUUGUCUAUGCGCUUUUAUAAUAGUAUAUGCAAAGACUUAGAUUUAUGACAUAA